AUGGAGGGUCCAGUCAACAAUAAUGAGCCACCGCCCACAACAGGCCCCCACCAAACUACUAGCUCCCUAGAAACUUCCUGGGAUGGCCCCACUGCCCACCCAUCAUGGAAACCAACCUACCUCUUCGUCUACGGCUCACUCAUGGACCUGGAUGUUCUCCAAUACGUCGUGGGCUCACCCCGUCGACCACCUCCUCUCCGUCCUGCACGGCUCAAAAACUACAAGAUGAAGAUGUGGGGAAUUUACCCAACUCUCAUUCCUAGCAGCAACGACAGCAGCAGCAACAAGAGCAGUGGUAAUGAAAGUAGAGGUGGAAAGGAGAACGUCGAUGAAAUCUCCGGCGCACUCUAUUUAGUCGAACACCCAGUACAGUUCGCUUUGCUAGAGCAGUAUGAGUCGAGCGCUUACACAUGGCACCGCUGUGUCGCCGACUUCACCGAUGAUGGCGGGUCGACGACAGAGCAGAGCGGGUUCGAAUGCCGGACGUUCGUCUGGCGUGGGGACCCGGAUAGUGCGGAGUUGACGGAUGGGAAGUUUGAUCUGGAGGUAUACCAGAAAUAUUACAAACCCGAAAUACUUUAA